UUAUAUGUUUUUUAUAGAUAUAAAAUGGAACCUUGGAAUAUAAUAAAUUUGUUUCCGGCUCAAAGUGAAUAAAACAAUAAUAUUCUCAGAAGACACACUUACACACCUUGUAUAUUUCUUUGAAAUGGGGGCAGCUAUGGGGAAAAACGGGGUCAACUUUUUGGAUGCUCUACCUUCACAGGGUACAUUACACAUUGUUAUGCUUGGUCUUGAUUCAGCUGGGAAAACAACAGCACUGUAUAGAUUGAAAUUCGAUCAAUAUUUAAAUACAGUACCUACUAUUGGAUUCAAUUGCGAAAAGGUGCAGGGUAUACUUGGUAAAGCAAAAGGAAUACAAUUUCUUGUGUGGGAUGUUGGUGGACAGGAGAAGCUUCGACCUCUUUGGCGAAGUUACACACGAUGUACUGAUGGCAUUCUCUUUGUAGUCGAUUCAGUUGAUGUUGAGCGGAUGGAGGAAGCUAAAAUGGAGCUUAUGAGAACCGCAAAGUGCCCUGACAAUCAGGGGGUUCCUGUUCUCAUAUUAGCUAACAAACAAGAUUUACCUGGCGCUCGUAGUCCUAAGGAAUUAGAAAAAUUAUUAGGGCUGCAUGAACUAUUAUAUCCAGCUAUCUAUACGCAAACAAGACCGAGCUCAUCAUCAACUGGUAAUAUUGUGUGCAGCAGCAGUAUAAGUAGUAUGAAUACAUUUGGUAAAAGUAUGACACCCACAUCGCAGCACAAUAAAAUGUUUAGUAACAGUGGUGGAAACAGUAACCAACUCUGUGAAUCGUCAUCAGUAGCAGCAGUUGGAGUAAUGAGAACUGAACAAGAAUAUGAAAUUAGCGAUGGAAUUAGUAAUACUAGUAAUAUAUACACAUCAUUUUUGUCGACAGCUCGCGAUAAACAUUUGUUGUCAUGUGGAUCCUCACCACCUUCAGUAGUGACAACUCCUACUGCUACAGCUGUUAAUACCCUAUUCCCGCCAAAAGCAAUGAACAAAUCAAUCAGCUAUUCAGCACCAUCACACCAAUUUAAAGGUUGGUAUAUUCAACCAGCCUGUGCCAUAACUGGAGAAGGUUUGCAAGAAGGUUUUGAAGUUCUAUAUGAAAUGAUUUUGAAACGGCGGAAACUUAAUAAAAUGUUUAAGAAGAAACGGUAAUACCUUUGUAAACGUUUUCUUAAGAUAUUUGUCGUAUCUUAGGUUUUCUGAAAUCCUGUUAAAUAUUCCAAAUUUUGAAAAGCUAUAAGGUAGAUGUGCAUACUGAGAAAUCUUUGCCAACUGUUAUAUCUAAACAUCAAGUUGUAUAUUGAAUGCUUUCAAUGGCGUCUUCAAAAUUGUUUGCUGUUGUAAUUAUAGUUCACUAGAACAUUUUUGAUUAAGUAGCAAAUAUAACUAUAUGUAAAAUAACUUUUGUAUAAAUAUUGUUCAACAAAUGAUAUACUUGUUGAAUUUCCAAAAAACAAAAUAAUACUGUGAAACUCAAAAGUUUUGAAGUUGUAAAUACAGACUUUAAUAAAACAGA